GACCCGGCCGGGAACUACAGUCCCCGGGAUGCUCCGGGCGCGGCGCGACCCCGCGCCGGCCCCGCGUCGGCCCCGCCCGCGCAGCCGGGGCGGCCAUGCUGCGGCCCAAGGCCCUGACGCAGGUGCUCAGCCAGGCCAACACCGGCGGCGUCCAGAGCACGCUGCUCCUGAACAAUGAGGGGUCCUUGCUGGCCUACUCUGGCUAUGGGGACACCGAUGCCAGGGUCACCGCGGCCAUCGCCAGCAACAUCUGGGUGGCCUACGACAAGAAUGGGCACCAGGCGUUCAAUGAGGACAACCUCAAAUUCAUCCUCAUGGACUGCAUGGAGGGGCGAGUGGCCAUCACACGGGUGGCAAACCUGCUGCUCUGCAUGUAUGCCAAGGAAACAGUGGGAUUUGGGAUGCUGAAGGCCAAGGCGCAGGCGCUGGUGCAGUACCUGGAGGAGCCACUCACACAGGUGGCCGCAUCCUGAGCAGGGCAGCAGAGGGCUCUGAGGUGCUGCCAGGCUUUGACACCAUCACUGGCGUGGGUGGAGGGUGAGCGGCCCCAUGAGCAUCCCAGAGCUCUGAUGUGGCCUUAAAAAUAAGGUGGGGGGAGCACAAAAGCUGGGGGUAAUAAAAAUGUGUCUGAU